GCCAUAUUCUUCAAGGCUGAGGGCGCAAAGGCGGUGAACGCGCAUCAUCGGCGCCUGUCGGGCGAUAGCGCCGCCGGAUCGUUGCUCGCGCCGCUGCUGAUGGUGGUGGUGAUGAUCGCAGUGGGGUGGGGCGUCGCUUGCAUGGCGCUGUACUCUCUUGCUAGCUACCCCAAGCGCAUGCUUCAGGCCGCGUACGUGGGCUUUGCGGGUGUCUGGGGCGUGGCAGCGGCAGCUGCCCUGUGGAAUGGCAUCACGGUUAUUGCGGUAGUGUGCGCCCUUGUGUGCGCCAUCGUCGCCUGGGUGUUCUGGAAGAACCAGAGCCGCCUUCGUUUCGGCGCGGCCAAUCUCAAGGUGGCCGCCCUUGCGGUGAGGUCCAUGCCUGGGACGAUCCGCUUGGCCCUCUUCAUGAGCGCCGUCCAGGUGGUCUGGUCCAUGCUCUCGGCCUCGGCUGCGUGGGGCUCCUUCGCCGCAUUUUCGCCCAUGGUCGUCGGUGCCGACGGCACCACCUACUCGUCCCUGGAGUGUCAGGACAUUGCCGUCCCCUCCUCGCCCUACGGCGGCGGCGAAACUACUGCCGGUUCGGGCCUCUCGUGCCACUGCGGCGGCGAGGUGAUCUCUAGCGACUCUGGGUGCGAAUUCAGCAGCGGUUUCCCGCGCUGGGUGCUCGCGGCCUUCUGGCUGGGGAGCGUCACCUGGGUAAUCGCCGUCCUGCGCAACGUCGUGACGGCUACGGUAGCCGGUUCCGUGGCCUCUUGGUGGUUCUCCCCGGGAGACACGAGGUCCGUGCGCGGUGCCUUCUACCGCGCCACACACAGCUCGUUCGGGUGUUUCCUCCGCAGGUUUCGGGAUGCCGUCGGCUACGCUUCCGCCUACGCCAUCUGCUUCAUCGGCAUCUACGGCUUGGACUUCUCGAAAGCCCUUCGACGAGCGCACGAGCUGUUCCAGAGGCGCGGGAUAACAAUGAUCGCCAACGACGGCAUUGUCAGUGCCGGGCUGUUCCUGCUCACCAUGGGCCUGAUGUCUACCUACGUGGUCGUGGUGUGGUCGAUGGUGUGGUCGAGUAUGGUGAUGUCGAUGGGCGCGCAGUUCUCCGGCAGCUUGUUUUUUUUUAUCAUGUCCGUUGUCGUGGUUUUUUUCUUCGUGCCGGUGGCGGUGUGCUUCUCGACCACCAUGUCCGUCUUGCGCUCGGGCCGCAAGGCCGUCUUCGUCUGCUUCGUACAGGACCCUGAGGCGCUCGCCAACAACCACGGCAGCCAGACGUACGAUGACCUCUCAGGGGCGUGGCAGCAGAUACAGACGGAGUGCCCCGGGGUGGCCAGCAGCAACAUCCCCCACGUGCCGAUCGCGACCAGCCCCAAUAUGGUUGAGAUGCACGACCACCGGGCCACCACCCACACCGAAUAUCAAGUCUGAUACAUCAAAACCGUUUUGUUGGGUGCAUGCCGAUAUCACGAACAAUGAUGAGAUGUACGGCGCCCGAGCCCCGCCGGGUUGCUCCAACAACAACACGCUUGUGUUGACGGUUUUGUUUGAAGUGUACCAGAAAAAUAGGUAAAGCAUUAGGUGGAGUUACAUCUGAGCGGAGGAGGGAAUCCCUUCUCAAUGACAAUGCAAGACGGAGUUCGGCCUCCGAACAUAGACCAGUGGCCCCGUCGAUGGGAUUGAGAGGAUACCAGCGCCUGAUUCGAUUCACCUACAGCAGUAGCAGAGUACCGGCUGGACGUUUGUUGUAGUUCAGCAGCUGGACCAAAUAGUUCGGCAAUGAGAACUACUUCUUCCACCUCUGUAAGCAGGUCUGGUAGGGCGGGAAAUGGCAUGUCGAUGGCGGUGUUAUCACCGCCAACAUCAUCAACCGUACACCCUUUCGGAUAUUCUCAAGAUUUCCGUGUUCAACGUUUUUCUUCUUCG